AUGGCAUCAUCCGUAGAGCGGUUCGGGCGGUAUGCAAACUGCAGUGGAUCCAGUAUGUUGGGUAAUGAAGAAAUGAUGAAGUCCCUGACCAGACGUUCAAAGCACUUCAUCACUACUGAGGCUCUAAGGACUCGACUUGAUAUGCCAUCUGGUCCUGCAGCUUUCCUGGAGUUCACUCUCUUGAAGGCUCUCCUCACAUCAUGCUCGGAGAUGAUGAACGUGUUACCGGUGCUGUCAGGAGAUAUCCAUGUCUAUCAGAGGAAGUGUGCCUGUGAGCGGCAUGAUGAUGGCACUGUUGAUGGAUACCAGGAGAUUGCCUUUGAUGGGAAGGAGCUUUUAGUAUUUGAUAAGGAGAGAGCGGAGUAUGUACCUGUAACAGAAGAGGCUGAGAUGGUGGCUCACCUAUGGAAUAUACAUUAUGAGUCAGCUGAUAGUAAGGUGUAUGUAGAAAAUGACUGCAUCGAGAACCUGAAGCUGUAUCUCCCUAUCAUAUCAACUGACUUGGAGAAGAAAGUUCGCCCCAAAGUGAAGGUUUCCAGCUCAGAGUCAGAGAGCGGCACCAAACUGCACUGCCGGGUGUAUGGGUUCUACCCCCGAGAUGUGGAAGUGAAGUGGAUAAAGAAUGGGAGAGAUGAGAUUCACUCAGAGGAGGCAGCACAGAUCCUGCCAAACCCUGAUGGCACCUAUCAGAUCAGAGUCAGAGUGGGGGUAACACCAGAGGGGGGCGCCACUUACUCCUGCCAUAUAGAUCACAGCAGCUUGGAGAAGCCACUGGUUGUUCCCUUUGAACCCAGCAAUAGAAGCCGUUUGUAUAUCAUCCCUGUCGGUGCGGUACUGCUCCUCCUACUUGUUGUUUUGCGACUACUUACCGACCAAAGGAGAAAAAAAGAUCUCAAGAUCAGCUAUAAGUGUGUGAGCACAGAAGAUAAAGACUCAAAAUUCAAAUAUACACCAAAACUUGCAACACGUGUCUCUAUGGAGAAGUUAUCAAUGGAGGACAGACAGGACUCCUGUCAGGGGCAGAGUUUAGAUUGA